UUCAUCUGUCAAAAUUUACGGGACGAGGACGCAGCAUUUAUAAAUAAACUAAUUAUCUGAUAAUUGCCUUGUCAAUUUGAUUUUUCAGCAAGAUUUCGCUAUUUUUUCAAUGAAACGCUAUCAAUAAGUUGAACAGUAGUGCGCCUUACUGUGGAAUUACAAAUAUCUCCUCACAAGCGAUGGAAUUCCCACGAUCCAGCCAAAAUGAUCCAUUCCAGCAAGUGUCGCUUUCUCUCCCCAAUCCGGCGGAGAAAUCUCCCCAACUGGAUGACUUCUGCCGCAUUUGUCUGCUCCGGAAGGUCCAGCUGCGCCCGCUGGCCACCCCCUAUGCCGGCGUUAUGAUUCCGGAGAUGUUGUACAAGGUGACCGGGACGCUGAUCAACAUGCAGGAACAUCUGCCGCGGGUCAUCUGCGACCGGUGCCUCGUGAAGCUGGACCUGGCCUACAGCGUGACGGAGGAGUUCCGCCGGCAGGAGGAGAAGCUGCGCCGGUUCUGGUGGAAGGGAGGAGUGCUGGUGGAUGAGCUGGCCGCGUACCAGCACACGGAGGAGUCGUGGCGGAAGACGCACGCGGAGGAGGUCAUGGAUCGGUUGGCUUCGGGUCGAUUGGAUCCGGUUCCGGUUGCUUUGGCGGCUGCAGUGCCGGAACAACCUGUUGCGUCGGUGGAUAACAAGCAACUGCUGGUUCGGAAGGAAGAACCGGAAGUUAAGCAGGAACCAAUCGAUGCGUCAUCGUUCUGUAUCGAAAUCCUGUCGGAUGAUUCUGCUGACGAAGCGGGCCCAGAGACGACGCUGCAGGACAAAAUUGACAACGUGAUCGAGAUGGAACUGAAACACGAUGUUCCGGCAGCCGAGUCGCAAGAAGAGUUGUUGGUCGAGCAAGAGUUCCCUGAACAGCAGCAUGAACACGAAAUGGACACUUUCAAUGCGGAAGCUCCACCGUCUCCGGUGGAAUCGCUUUCAGAGCAUGACGAUAACGACAAAGAUUCAGAUUACGUUCCGGAUGGCGCCAAAGACCGGGAAGGGGGCCCUCGCUCGUCUUCGGUGGCUUCUAGGACCAAGCAGACCGAAGAGGCGAACGAUGCCUCACUCUAUGACUAUGAUGAGAAGCUCGACAAAAACGCGACGGAAUGUCCCGAGUGCGGUAAAAAGUUCGGCAGUUGGGCGAAUUUGAAGCGGCAUCACAAUCGGCACGUUCAGAUAGCCAAAGGAAGAUACAAAUGCAGUAAAUGCGUCUGCGUGUUUGCCACUAAACAAGAAAUGAGAGGCCAUACGUUGAAUCACAUUAGAGCGGAAAAGCUCAACUACUUUGAGUGCAAAUUUUGUAAAAUGCCAUUCAGAUACAGAUCACGUUGGAUAGCGCAUCAAAGGAUGCACGAGAUUCAGAAAGACCCGUUGCCAAUUCCAGCCGAACAGCAACAGAAGAAUGAGGCGCCAAAAGUAUACUUUGAGUGCCGAUAUUGUGAGAUGGUCUUUGAAUGGGAAUGCCGUUUGAAGCAGCACGAAGCAGCGCACCAAAAACGGAAUCCCGACGGCGGUAAGGACCUGGAACCGAAGAAAAAGCCAACCAUCCAGUGCCAGUUUUGUCCAAGAAAUUUCCGGAAACAAAACGAGCUGGAUCGUCACAUGCUUCGGCAUAAGGAUUUGAAUGAACCAAAAAAUACCGAUGAUAACUUUUAUGAAUGCGCUAAAUGUGACCUAAAGUACGCAAAUCCCCAUCAUCUCGUUCAGCACAUGAAAAAGCACGAAAACAUCGAAAAUGGUAGAUUCCGGUGCAAGAAUUGUGACCAUGCAUUUGGAACCCACUACGAGCUGAAACGGCACAUGAUCAAGUACGAAAGAAACCGAUCCGAAUCGCUGAACCCGUUCGACAGGGUGCCGCCUCCGGUCACGAUCAGCCGCGACGACAAAACGUUCUUCAAGUGUCGCGAGUGCGCCAAGGUGUUUGUCUCGCGACCCAACUACGUCCAGCACGCCCGUACUCACGGCGUGCCCAAGUCCGAGUCGUUCCACUGUCCGGACUGUGGCAAGCGGUACGCCCAGCGGAUCAACCUUCGGGUGCACCAGCAAGAGGCGCACAACUUGUUCAUCAAGCCGGAGCCGGGCGGGGAUGGUGUCGCGACCCUGGGUGCGGAGCUGCACUGCGCCAAGUGCGACACGCUGUUUUCGUCGCAGGAAAGCUACGAGCUGCACAUGCAGAGCCAUCUGGACGAAGUGCCGGUGGUCACUGCGGACGAUGGCUUAUCUCAAGAGCCGACCAUGUCUGUGGCAGACCAUCCCUCGGACUUACCCAUCAUCCAACAGGUGACGGGUUCUUUCUUCAAGACCGAAAGUCAUGCUCAGCAGACCCUACCAAUGGAAGAAUCUCACCAGAUACCGUACCCGGUGAGCGCUACCGAACCAAUGGUCGUCGAGGAACAACAACCCGAGCAAAUUCCUGCCUUCGCCACCGUGGCGAUUCCAGCGGACAACAUUCCGGAAUGGGCGGACGACCAGGCCAGUGCCUCCGGUUCGUGCUUUUCGGAAGCGAUGCUGCCGGAUCGGUCCGAGCUAACACCAUCCGUUGCGUCGUCUUCGGGGCCACUCGACUCGACCGGCUACAGCAUCGAGAUCCUGACGGAUGAAUCCGACGACGACAGCGAGGCGGUAAUCGAACUGUCCGAGGACGAUGAGACGGUGCCAUCCACGAGUGGGGACACCUGGAAGUGCACCCUCUGUGAUGUGGUGCUGGUCAAGAAGAAGAAGAGUGACAUUCAGAAGCACAUGCUCAUGCACGAAAAAAUCCUGAACGGAACGUACAAGUGUGAAGUUUGUGACAAGAAAUUUGGUGAAAGCUUGGAACUUGCUAAGCACAGACGACUGAUCCACAAUCUGAAAGAACCCCACCCGGACGAGGACACGAUGGAGUGCAAACGGUGUUUGAAGCGAAUCAAGAAGAAGAAGUUUUCGUUCCAUCUCAGUUGUCACAAGAACAUUGAUAUGCGUGCUAUUGUGUGCAAAUUUUGUGAUAAGGCGUUCGGCACGAAGCAUCACCUGAACUGGCACCGAAAGUCCAAGUCAUGCGGUCAAAGACAAUCCGACUGCCAGAAGCAGCGUCCGCCGACGGUGGCCCUCAUCCAGAACCGGAACACGCUGCAGACGCCCGAGCAGCGCCAACAGGAAGGCCGGUACAAGUGCACCGAGUGUGACAAGUCGUACGCCAACGCCCAGACCAUUUACCUGCACAUGCAGAAGCACCAGGCGAUGCGGGAGGGCCGGUUCAAGUGCGAGGUGUGCAAGCUGGCAUGCGCGACGCAGCGACAUCUAGAAGCGCACAUGCAAAAGCAUCCGGAGGUGUCCCAGCAAGGUGCUGCUUCUUCGACGGAGUAACGUGUUUCGACCACGUGCACAGAAUAUUAACCGUAGUUAUGAACUUGUAUUUUUCAAGAGUGACUUUUUAAAUUGAAAAAAUAUACCCUGAUGUAGUACCAA